AUGACAACAGCAGACCCCCUUCUCCUAGAUGCAACUCCCACCACCCACUUCCAAGCAUUCCGCGACCCCUACAACAACGACAACACUGACAACGGCGAUCCACAACAGGAACACAUCCUGAUCCCGGUGGUUCGACAUCCGAUCACGAAUGACCUGUAUGUCAUCUGGGGUGACAUCACAGACUGUUUCCCAGAGGUGUUGAGGGUGCAGUUCAAGAACGUGUUUGUCCCUAUGCUGCGAGGCGAUAACCUCUACAGGGUGAAGCCGUUCGGGAUCAGGUACCACCCUGAGAUCGUGUUGGAUGUUGUUUACAGGAAGAAGCCAUCAUCGCUGUCGCUCAGCAGGAAGAGCAGGUCACGUAGUGGCCAGAUUGAAGACGCCAAGGUAGCAGCGGCAGAGCGCCGCGCUACUGUUGCAGCGAAGGACGCGCCUAACCAGGACGCGGAUGCUGCUGUCGCUGUCGGAGAUGCGCUUAACCAGGACACGGAUGCGGGUCUCGAUGGCCCAGACAAGAAGGGCAAUGACAGGGACAAGAAUGAUGGUGACAGCGAGAACAAGUUUGUAGAAGGAGAACGAGAGCCUGCCGUCGAGGAGCAGGAUGCUUACGCUGUCGGACCGGAUACUAUGCUGCACGAGAGCGCCAAGAAAUCAACAGAACAAUCAGCAAAACAAGCAACAAAGCAGUCAACAGAGCAAGCGGUUCUCCCAUCCGUGCCCGAUCUACUUCCAAUAAUAGAGAAGGAGGUGGUAGGGAUAGAGGAAGAAGAAGAAAAAGAGGAGUUGCAAGAGCAUGAGAAGACGCAGCAGCAGGAGGAGCAAGAGGAACAGGAAGAGCGGAACCGGGACCAGGAGAAAGAGCAGAAUCACGUCUCAGAGCAAGCGGAAACGCCCCGAUCCAUUCAAUGGGUACCGAAGGAUCUCGUCCGCCGGGAGACGCCAUUCACAAUCGAGGAGUUGAUCAAGCAUCGCGCCAAGUACUUUUUUACGGCUCGGUACUCUUGGGCUAAUUGCAGCAGCCAUUCGAGGCUCUUUUUCUUCCUUCCUGUCUUGACCGACGUUCCUACACAAACAGGAGCAGCAUCAACCCCAGAAAUCCACAACUACACCAAAUUUCAGCUCUACUACCUCUGCGACUGUAGCGGCAUCCCAGGCGCAAAAGAACACGCCAACCCUCACUGGAUCAACAAUAAUAACAACAAAUACAACAAUAUUAUACGCAGUAAGCCUUCAGCCAUGGACAUCAGUCAGAGUCAACUCCGAGAACUCAUUCCUUUAGUUGGAGACUACACAAUGACAGUCCUUGAGAUGUUCAAGUACGGUGUCUACGUCGACAAGGUGCCCGAGGAAGUUGCUCAGCGUGUGUCAUUGGCGAUCAAGUAUCUGGCGUCGAAAGGAGUUUGGUCGUGCGAAGGAUUCAUCACCGAGAUGUCGUCGGACUACAUAAACGCUGUCGCUGAACCGAUGAUGAUCCGACUGUCGCCUAUUUCUCUAUUGGACGUUUCGGCAUUGGACGAGCUAAGGAGCAAGCUUGUUCGAGACCCCAGUGGUCAAUAUGCUGACCUGUACCCUUUCCGGACCGCGGAGGGCGAUGUACGGUGGACAUGCGGGCGUCAUUGGAUGAGCCUGUGGUCGGAUAUGGCGGUUUACGCGAGAGCCAUCACUUUUCAUCAGGAGCCAGGGUCUCCCGAGGGCUGGUAUUCGCCUCUUCAUGGCGUUCUGUGCUCUCGGAUUACGACUCUGGAGAGAGCGCUGGAGUUUUUCGAGCUGGCAGCGGAGAUACCUCGGAACCCUGUGUUUACAGUCUGGCUGGAUUGGGACAUGACGCUGGAGGAAGAGGGUGAACUUUCCCGGGCGAUCGGUCGACUCUCUGCCGCAGCAGUCCACAUCCUCCUUCGGGGUAAGGGUGCCCCUCAGGACAAGAUCGAUGCAGGAACGGCAUUUGGACGAUUGGAGCUGACGACGGCGGCUUUGCAGAACCCUGGUAUCGAGAUGUUCACUCUAACGGAGGCCGACCUUGGACUCGCGUACAAUUACAAGGAGUUCACCGCGACGACUUAUCACCAGUCGUACAGACCGAAAGCAGGAGAACGAAUCACCGCUGUGGAGCGUGGAGAGAAGGGCGGGCUGAUGGCGGUAACAGUGAAGAGCGUGGAUGUGGAUCUUGCCAUUGCUGUGAUGCGCCGAAUUGCCGGAGGACUCCAUCGCUUUUCGGAGUUGCGCUUCGAACAUGGCCACUCUCAUCUUGUCGUCAAGUUUAUGGACCUCGGGGGAGGAGACAAUCUGGGCUACAAUGGCGAGGAAGACACGGACGUUACCAGUGGUGACAUGCACUCGUUUUUGGACAGGCGAGGGUGGCGCGAUCAAGUACUUUGCUUUACGCAAUUUGAGCCUUGCGAAAUGUUCUUCCACCUAUCGUAUCUCGCCGAGGUGCAUAUGUGGUAUUUCAGCGAGGGACAGAGGACCGAGGUGCGUGAUCUGAUUGUGCUCAACAAGCACCUGAAGUGCCUCUACCUGGAAAGCAAGAUUCCCGAUUUCGAUCCAAGUCAAGCCUAUGAGACCUGCAAGCAAUCCCUCUCUGACCAUCGCACCAUCGAGUUGUUCCAGAUCACCAGUCCUAAGGGAAAUGAACCAAAGUGCUCGUCAUUCGCAUGGAGGAACCCCAACGAUCUGGACAAGAUGCGCGUGGAUAUCACAUGCAAUCGAGCAGAUCAUGUCGAGGCGAUGUUCCAGAGGUAUGCGCCUCUGAUUGACCAACUUGAGGUUGGCGGCCUCAGUUUGACGGAUGCGAUGGCGAUGGAUAAGCUGGCAAGACGCAAGAAGAGACCGUUUUCUCCCACGAGCAUUUACCUCUGGAAUAUCCAUCUGAUUGAGCCUGCCGUCCGCGAGAUUCUUGAGGAGGUCAUCGUCAACGGAGCGAUGGAAGAGGUUAUCAUGCGUGGGUCGGUCACUUCUCAGGUCGCGCAGCUGCAGACGGAUGGGAAGAUGGACUGGAUGUCGCACCCGGUCAAGUUGAAGGCGAACGUCAAGAUCUGGUCCGAGUUUUUGGUGGCGAUCCGGUCCAAGGUGACAGGCCUUUUUGUGGAGGACGACCCUCAGAAGCACUUUCUCCGGGCGAUGGAGUCGCAGCCUGCCAUGUCGCUGGAGAUGCCUCAGUUGACAUUGUUCCAGCUCACAUGUUCGAUGGAAUCGCAUCUUUUCGACAGACUCUGGCUGGACAUGCUUCUCGAGUUCAAGGGUCCGGCAGUCAAGGAUAUCGUCGUCACGGAUGAUGCUUCGCCCAGAGAAUUUGCACUUGGGAUCUUGGCGCGGAGAAACGAGACGGUGGCGAUGCUUCCUAUCUCGAAUUUGUGUCUGUUGUCGGUCAUGAUGACUCCCGAGGAUUGGAGCCGUUUCCUUCGAUACUUGGAUAUGUCGCAGAUGGUGCAAUUUGCGGUGAGCCAAUCGAAUGCGAUGUCAAGGGCGACACUGCUCCAAAUUGCCGAUGCUGUUCCGCUUGAGAGUGAAGUGUUGCAGAGAUUUUGUCUGAGGUCGAAGUAUUCCAAUGACACGGAUACCACUGCAGCUCUGGAGGCGAAGUUCGGGCCAAAGAGUUCCAAACGUGCAAGGCCGAAUAUCGACCUCAACGGCUUCAAUCUCUAG